AAGCACAAAAAUCAGAAGGCCAGGGCAAUUAAUCCAAGAUUCUUUGUGUCUUAGUCAUAAUAUUGAAAAAAAAAUUGUUCAUCAUUCAUUGAAAUGCUCAACUCAUCCCCAUGGUUGGCACCUAUUCACUUUUUUAUACUAUCGCAAACACAGAUUAAAUGCACAUACAGUCACCAUGUUUUUGCUUGAUGAGAUUCGGGAGUAUGAUCGAUCCAUGAGAUGGAAUCCAGUAUUUCAGAUGCUUCAUUUGGAUACAAGACAAAUGAUUGAGGAUAAAACACAGAAAGCCGCAAGAGCACCACAAAAUCGUAGUCUUAACAGAUACAGGGAUGUGUUACCAUAUGACGACACCCGUGUUAAACUAGAAACAAGUGAUAAUGAUUAUAUCAACGCAAACUUUGUUGAGUCUCCUGGUGUGAAACGAAGGUAUAUACUCGCUCAGGGUCCCUUACAAAGCACUUGUAAAGAUUUUUGGCGCAUGAUUUGGGAAAAUCAUUCACCGGCAAUAAUAAUGUUAAAUCGAAUAGUUGAAAAAAAUAUGGUAAAAUGUCAUCCAUAUUGGCCAAUGGGUGAAGAUGAAAUUUCUGAAUUUGGUGAAUUUGAAAUAGAAAAUAGAAGUACCCAAAUGGAGGAUGCGUAUAUCAUACGUGAACUUAUAGUUCAUUAUAAAAAGACAGGUGAAAGAAGAAAAGUGCUACAAUUUCACUAUGUGGCAUGGCCAGACUUUGGUGUACCACAAGACCCUGAAACAUUUUUACAAUUCCUUGAAGAUAUAAAAAAGAAAGACGUUUUGUACAAUAUAAAUAAUCCACCAGUCAUUCAUUGCAGUGCAGGCAUUGGAAGAUCGGGAACUUUUUGUUUGGUUGAUUCAGCACUGGCCAUUGCCGAGCGAGAUGACACACCAACGAAUGUCAAUCCACGAAGCUUACUACUCUCCCUAAGGAAAUGUCGAUGUGGUUUAAUUCAAACAGCAGAACAAUAUAGAUUUGCAAAUGUUGCUAUAUUGACUGGAUUUCAUCAUUUGUUUCCACAUUUAUUUAAAGAUUUCGAAUCACCAGUUUUAGAAGACAACGAUACGCCACCUCCAUUGCCACCAAGAAGAACAAAAAAUAAUGUACCUCCACCUAAACCUGAACGCACAUCCAUUGCGAAAACACACGAAGCUGACCAAGCUAAACUAUUCCAGUCAGCAACAGGCUUGGAAUCCUCAGAUGAAGAUAGCAGCGAAGAAGAGAUCAUUGAUCUAUCAGAUGGAUCAUACACUGAGCUUAUAGAAGAAGAAAGCAGCAGUGAAGGAGACUCCAAUGAAGAGAAGGCCAAACAAACAUCAAAUAGUUCAGUAGAUGCAUCCAGAAGUGAGGUUGACGGCAAUGUAGUCAAUGAAAAUGAUAUUCACCCUGAAGUGUGGGAAACCGUCGAAAGAAGAUCUGAAAGAAAAUCUGAAUCUCCAGUUAACAUUGGAUCCAAGGCAAGCGAAAACAAAGAACUUCAUCUUCGUCAGCGCAAGAAACGGUUAUUGGAAACAAAAGAACGUGUACAGACAAUAAAACGUAAGAUGAAAGAAAGUGAAAAAUCAUCAACUUUGAGUUACUUGUUAUAUAUUGGUGCGACUAUAGGAUUGUGUUCUGGUCUUUGUUUUGCUGCGUACAAAUAUUUAGGUUAAGAACCUCAUGUCAAAUUACAAUGUUCCGAUCAUAAUAUAUUAAAAUGGAUAUAAGAAACAGAUUUCGCCCAACAGAAACAUCAUGUUCUGCAUUUUGGAAAACCUCACACUGAUGUUAUAUAUACGUAUGCAUAAAAAGAUUGAAAAAUAUUGUAUUCCUGUGUAACUAUCCUUUACAAAUUUUAACGGGAUUUAACUGAGCUGUAUAUCAGAAAAUAUGUUUAAUAAUUUGUUUUUAAAACUAAAUUCUAAAUUAUUUUCAAACUUCUGAUUAUUAUAGUAUUUUUGAGUCUUAAUAAACAAGCUGCAUUUCGUCAUUGUGCUACAGGCGGCUGCAUUAUCAGAAACACAUCUAGUGAAGGGAGUUAACAAUGAAUUUAGAAUCUCUUUAGAAAUGCAAUUCUUUGUUUUGCCAUUCAGUUUUUUUUUCCUUCUCAAGUUUAGGCUACAAUGUUUUUUUGUGGAAAACCAGUUUGUGUAUGGGUUGCUCAGAGAUCACCAGCUCGUUUUGGGAGCUUUAGGAUAUUCAUUUGUCUUAUAUUCAAAAGCGUCUUAUUAUUUAGUAGAUGCAAUGAUUAAAUACUAAUAAGAUUAAUUUGCUUCAAUACUUCUUCAUACUGAUAAUAUUUAUUUCUUUGUUUCUUUUUAUUUGUUUGUUAUUAGUAUUUUUCAUCUUUGAUUUUUUUUUUGAAGAUAGAACAUAAUGUAAAUAAAGUUUUUACAGUUUUAAUAUUUUUAUGUAUUAGAGAAGUCAUUUUUUGUUUACUUUAAAUCACAAAUUUAUUGCAUCCUAAAACCACUUUAACCCAAA